AUGUCUAUGCAGAAGGAUCAUGGAAAUUCUGACUGUAUCAGCAGCUUCGCAGACAGAACGAGAUCUACAAGAUACAACGUAGUUCAGAAGAAGAACAAGCUGUGUAACAACACAGAACAUGACAGAGCAUUUAGCCAGGAGAAUGAACGACAAAUGAAUCUACAAAAUGAUAAAGUAGAGAAGAGUUUCAGAUUUCCUGGUAGAUUUUUAAAAUAUCAUCAAACUUAUGGCAGGAAGAGAUCUACAAAGAUGUACCAUACCCACAUCAUAAGCAACCCUAAAAUGUCUGAAGGAAUUAAAGAGCUGGAUGAAAAGGAAGUCAGCCUGGUAACACAUGAGAAUAUCUUAACUGGAGAAAAACAAUGCAGCUACACAGAAGACAUUAAAAGCAUUUUACAGCAGGUCUGCCCUGCAGUACAUGAGAAGGUAGACACAGCGGGUGACAACCCUAAACAUUUGAGUAAAUUAAAACAGGAGAAGCAAUUUAAAUGUGCAGUGUGCGACAAGAUUUACAAAAGAAAGCACAGCCUCCAAUACCAUGAGAAAACCCAUACUUCUGACAGGCCGUACAAGUGUGCCAUAUGUAACAAAUGUUUUAGAACCAAGGGCCAUCUUACAAACCAUGAGACAACUCACGUUGAUGACAGGCCAUAUAAAUGUGUCAACUGCGACAGAAGUUUUACACUAAAGAGUUCUCUCACCGUGCAUGAAAGAAGAAUCCACACUGGUCAUAGACCAUAUAAAUGUACUACAUGUGACAGGGGUUUUUUAUGGCAAUGUCAUCUAACAUACCAUGAGAAAACUCACAGUGAGAAGGAGCCAUAUAAAUGUGCCACAUGUGACAAAAAGUUUAUAUGGAAGUGCCAUCUUGAAUACCAUGAGAAAAAUCACAGUGAGGACAUUCCAUUUAAAUGUGCCACAUGUGACAAGAGUUUUAAAAACAAGAGCCAACUCAUGUGCCAUGAGAAAACCCACAAUGGGCCAUAUAAGUGUAAGACAUGUGACAAGAGAUGUAGAUGUAAGAGUGAACUCACGAAUCACGAGAGAGCCCACAAUGAUGACAGACCGUAUAAAUGUGUCACAUGCAACAAAAGCUUUAGAGUGAAAAUAACCCUCACAUGCCAUGAGAAAAUCCACACUGGUGAUAGACCAUAUAAAUGUGCCACAUGUGGUAAAACUUUUACAAGGAGCUUUGCCCUUGCAUCCCAUAAUAAAAUCCACACUGGUGAAAAGCCAUAUAAGUGUAAAACAUGUGGCAAGAGCUUUAGGUGGAAGAUGACCCUGAUACGCCAUGAGAGAGCCCAUACUGGUGUCUGA